AUGCACCAUCGUCCAGGGAAGACCACACUGGAAGAUGCGAGCCAAAUAGAGGGUGGCAUACACCCCCUAUGCGAAUUUUGUCGAAAGUGUUUCUUUAAUGGCGAUGAAUUGUACUCUCACAUGCGAAAGAAGCACGAGGAGUGUAAGCGGAAUGAAGUUAGAGAUCAAUAUUUCAUCAAUUACGAGAGUUUGGAAAGGCACUUCAACAGCAUUCACCAUCCUUGCACACAAAAAGAGUGCCAAGCUCAAAAUUUCGUCGUUUUCAACUCCCCAUUGGACCUCAGAGCUCACAUGGUAGAAGUCCACGGAGGAAAACAUGAGCUCAUGAGACAAAAAGGACGCUAG